UGUGAACAAACGGAGGCUGCAUCAGGCACCCGUCGUACGGAGGAAGAAGACUUGCGCACACAAUGCACUGCACCGCUGACAAGGGUUGCGUCUCCCCGAUGUCCACGAUACAUUUACAAUUCCGUGGAAACGCGUGAGAAGUAAGCGGCGGGGGACGCGGCGUCUCCCUCCACACGUUUUUUGUUUUGUUUUUUGCACACUGGAUUUGGCCAGGAAAUGGAAUCGCAAGCAGGGGACGCCGGCGACCGGUUGAACUUGUGCUAAACAUUGGAUCUAAACAGUGAAGGCUGCACGGAGGAGCUGCCCAGCCCGACACCCUGGUUUAUGGAAAUCGACACCGAGGCUUUCAUAGGCGGGCCUUGAAUUUUUGUUCCAAGCGAUGGAGAGAGAGCAGAAGCAUUUUUGUGCGUGAAGGACUAAUAUAACGUUAUUACACGAGUGAUUGUCACUAGUGGUUUCCCAUCCUUCUAGUGUGCUUUGGAGGGAAAAAAAGGAUAAACCCCCGCUAGCUAACAGCUGGAUCGGCUAAUGCUAACCUAGCUGUGGUGCUAACGUUACGUCUUUCUUUUGAUGGGAUACAAAACUCAAACCAUCACUAUCGGCCGUCAAAAAUAUCGACAAUUGAAAAAAAACCAAAAACAAACCAUCGACCGGGGAAUAAUAUUCGGCCACACGGUUACCUAUCCGGCUGUUAGUCGCGCGUUGAUACCUUGAAAGUACGUAUUUAUUCAUAGGUUGCUGUCUGACUAUAUUGUGAUGUAUUGAGUUAGCUCCGUUAGCGCUAUCGGAAUUAGCAAAUGCUAAUUACCUGGAGUCAACAUCGACCAAGUGCUUGGGAAGUGCUCGCGUUCAAUGCGUCAAUUGAAGCACAUUUUGCUCCUUAGAUUUGAUUCCGUGAGGGUGAUUAGUGCCGUUUUCAUAUAGUAACACAAUGACACGACAACCAGUGUGUUGGCGUUCCAGUAUUUGGCUUUUGGGCCUUCCUAACUAGCUAACCGAGUCAUUUUUUUGUGUGUGUGCUAGCACUCAAAUAAAUUGUCAGCAAAUUGUUGACGGAAAUAUUAGGUGGCGAUGGCCUGAUUUUCAAGACUAAAGACCUUUUAGUUGGCUUUGUCAUCGAUCCAAGCAGGGUUGUCCUUUUUUUGUUUACAUGGUUAUUCGCUUGUUUUCCAAAGAUCCUCGCUAGCGAGCUAAUGUUAGCCAUUUAGAAGAUGUCCUGAUCGUUGUGUUUUGCUUCUUGAACAUAAUUGAAAUGACACUCAAAUUCCGCCGAAAGAAAGGCCCCGAUGCCAAUAGACUGUUGUCAAAGGAAGGAAAAUAGUACAAGCCACUGGUUCGAUUAACGACAUUUUAACUGGGGCUCCGAGCGUGGGCCCGGGGGUGGGGGGUGGGUGGGGGGCUGGCUGGUGUCAUCUCUUUGCGGUUAGGUGCCACCUUCCACCGGACCGGGACUUGAACUAAGUGCCUUUGGAGUCAGUGGAAUUCGACAAAAGGCCUGGGGGACAUGGAGGGCCCGAGCCGAAGCACUGGAUCCAGGCAAAGCCGCCGCUCCCGUUCCCAGCGCGACAGGGAGCGGCGGCGGAGGAGAGUCAACCUGGCCGAGGAGCGGGCCACCUCCCUGUCGUCGGGCUCCGAUCGGGACGAUCGCGGGACCAAGAGCGUCCUGGGUCCGGGGGAGAAAGAGGGCCGGCCCGCUUUCGGCCGACACAGACCCCCGCGUAGGAGGAAGAGGGAGUCUGUGUCCUGCGAGGAAGACAUCAUUGAUGGCUUUGCUAUUGCCAGCUUUGUCACCUUGGAGGCUUUGGAGAUGGACUGCUCCAUGAAGCCGAGCCAGCACAACGACAUGCUGGGAAGGAGGAACAAGGGCAAGAGGGGUCCGGAGGAGAAUGGUAGGGGGCCGCUGUCCGAGCCAGAGGAAGGCGUUCCGCACAGCUACUCCAGCAGCUGUUGGAACAAGAGUAGGAACAAGCGGCGGAAGAUCGAGGGACACCCUUUGGAGACUGGCUACAUUUGUGACACUGAGAGUGAUGCUGGAGACAAGGCCUCGGACCAUGACAUGGAUCCAGUGUUCACAGUCAGUACCAGAAAAGUUGUUGAGCCUCCACCCUCCACCGUGGGCAAAAGCUGCCCGGGCAUGCCGGCACGGAGUGGCGUCCCGCGGUUAAUGGUGACGCCCAGAGUGUCUGGCCUGGAACGGAGUCAGGAGAAAAGCCUGGAGUCGCAUUUCCCAGAGGCCGUUUCGUCUUCUACCUCUUCCGCCUCCUUCCCGCGCCUGCCUUCCCGCUCCCCGGCCUCAGCGGCAGGGCCGGUCCCCAGGCCCGGCGCCAUCAACGGUAAUGGCGGCCGCCACCACAACGGCAGCCCCCCACUGUCAAAACCGAAGCCCUUCCUCACCUUACCGGGACGGUCUCACGCCCUUUACAACAGGAGCAACACUCCAGUCAAGUCUGCAUCUGUUGCAUCGUCUUCAUCUUCUAUGCGCCCCCCAACUCCCUCCACCAGUGUCUCCAUGUCCUACAUCCGGGGCGCAGGGUCCUCGGGGCCCCUCCGACCUCCAUCUCGGGCGAACUCUGGGACUUUGUUCACUUCCUCACCAGGUCUGCCUCCCCCUCCUCCUCUACUCCAGGGCCCUUCCCACUCAUCAGCAGCAGACCAGGAAAUGCUGCGGCAGAAUUUGAACUCUCACUUCCUGAACGCACAAGAGCGCGAGGGCAGGCGUAGCGCUCCGGGGCCCGAAGGUAGUAACGCCGCUGUGGGUCGCUCUACUCCCGGCGGGGCGUCAGCGUCCAGUUCUACCCCGGGAUCGACGGGCCGGACGUCCCAGAACCAGCCCAGUGUCCAGCCGCUGGCCUACCAGUUCCAUCAGCACAACCACCAGCACCAACAUACGCACACGCACCAACACUUCACGCCCUUCCUGCACCCCACCGCCACCGCACCGCCCCUGUUUGAUAAGUACCCAGGCAAAAUGGAAGGGCUGUAUCGGCAUCCUUUCUUCCCGCAAUACCCGCCGCCGCCCUCAGUGCCCAAUAUCCAGCCUGUGAUUCCUCCCACCGGGCCUUUCAGCUCCCUGCAAGGAGCAUUCCAGCCAAAGCCUCUUGUCCCUCAGGGAACUGGUCCGGAUCUGAGCGCUCGCCUCGGGGUCGUGCCACACCACCUGCAGCCCAAAGAUCACCGGCUAACUGAUCCAUUCGGGACAUCGUUGAAAAUCAGUAAUAAACCUGGAAAGUGGUGUGCUAUGCAUGUAUAUGUGGCCUGGAUGAUCUUGAGUCAUCAGAAGAAAGUAAAGCUGAUGCAGGCUGAUCCUCACAAGUUGGAUUUCCGCAGUGACUUGCUGGCCCGUCUUCCGGGAGCCGGUGGACUCGGCCCCAUGGGGCCCAUCGGAGGCCCCCUGCCUCCAAGUCAUGACCUGACCAGACCUCCCACCCUCUUCUCAGCGACAGGUGCAGUCAAUCCGUCCUCGGCGCCUUUCAUCACUCCAUCGGCACCACACUCGUCUUUCCUCGCUCCAGCUGCACAUUUGGAUCCAUAUGGCCGAUCUCCACCCUUCACCCCGCUGGGAGCCCUCGGUUCCGGUGCCUUUGGAGGACUCGGAAGUCCAACACUUGCGGGCUCCAUGUUCGGUCCUAAGGACUCACCCGGCAGUGUGGUGGGAAGCUUGUCCAAUGCUCCCAAUCACCACGACCCGUGGGGCCGCCUCCAUGGCGCACCAUCGGGCUUCCCAGCGGGCCCCAGCUGGGCCAAAGGAGGCGACAAGCGGGAAGAGAGGGAUCGCGCCAAGGACGGCGAGCGGAGAGAUGUACCCCACAUCAAAGAUGAAAAGGACAGAGACAACAUGCUGUAUGGCCGUCCACCUGUGAGAAUGUCUCCUGUGGCGCCCUCUUUCAAACCCCGCAGUAGCACCCCCACCGCCCACAUCAAUGGCCACAGUAGCGCCCUGGGGGGUGGUGGUGGGCCCGUUGAGGACAUGAGUCGAAGUCUGAACAGAGAUCGAGAACGCGAGCGGGACCGAGACGUGGACAAGAGGCAGCUGCCGACGGUGUCUUCGCGGGGUCUUCCCCUUGGCUCUUCCUCUUUAGUAGCAGACAGAGACAGACCACGGUCUUCCUCAUCCUCCGUGCACAACACCCCUCCGCCCACCAGCCGCUCAGCCCAAUCACCUAUGGACCUUUACCCCCGCCCGCUGGGCCCGGCAGCACACGCUCAUCACAGCGAACACUCCCAAAGAGACAACAGCCUCCCCACGUCUUCGGCGGCUUCUGCUGCCGUCACUUCUUCAUCUCAGGCUAAAAAGUCUGAUAGGACCACGACACCCGUCUCCAAGCCCCCACUGCUCCUGCCACCGGUUAAAGUGAAGGAGGAGCGCAAAGAGGAGCCAGAGCACAUCCCCAUCUCCUUGCCUCCCCCGCUACCCAACAACACCUUCGACCGCCCCAACAGCCACCCACACCACCACAGCUCUGGUACGCCAUCGUCCUCUCUCUCACUGACUCCCACUCCGGGUGUCCCCCUCCCGCCUCCCACUCCGAACCCGCCCUCGCACCUUUCCCUGUUGGAUCGCUCCCGGGCUAUUGAGGCCUAUCUGGGUAGCGCGGCAGGUUCCGGUUUGGUAGUGGGCCCGGGUGGGGAGCGUUUCACCCAUGGGACCCCACAGGGACCUCCGCAAGGUCCACACAGCUUCACAUGGGAUCCCUGGAGGGAGCUGGCAGCCCAGCAGCAUCAGCAACAUCGAAGGGAGGCUAUGGCGCUCCGGUCCGACCCACACCUCACCCUGCGUUCAGAUCCACACCUGGCACGGCUCCUCCAGCACCAGCGCCUCCUGGAGGCGGAGAGAGCGGCUGCCGUUGCAGCUGCGGCAACUGCGCCUCACCACCCCUCCACGUCCACCGCCUCCAACCAGGCGGUCCGCCAAGAGCUCGCCCUCAUGGCCCACCACUUCGACCGGCCUCACCAGCUGGGUCCCCCGGGCGGGGGCCUGAUGGACGAAGAGCAGCGUGCACAAAUCCUACGGGAAGACUUUGAGCGGGCGCGCUUCUUUGGUAUGCAUCCCCACCUCCCGCCCAGCUCCCACCUCUCCAGCCCCUCUCAUGCUGUUACCGCUGCUCACCUGGAGCAGCUGCACCCUGGCCUUCUGUCCCACCACCUGCCUCCAGGGGCCGCCGCUGCCGCCUCCCAGCAUCACGCGUCUCUGUACUCGCGUCUGGGCCCACUUAACGCACACCACGUGCCCAACGGCAUCCUGGCAAAAACGCCGGCGGGUUUGGUGGGGGCUCUGUCAAUGGGGGCACCUCCGCCUCUCAUUCCGUCCAUUACAAGCCGGGCAUCUACUCCGCCCCGCGGUUCCAGACUGAUGGGCCCGGGAGAGCUGACACUGUUCGGCGCCCACAAAGACGGAGAGUCCAGAUAGUACAGGUUGAAGGAGAUGAAGGGAAAUGUCAGGAUCACUGUGCUGCUCGAUAACACAGUUGCUCACACAAAGUAGUCCCAGCAAGCGGAGCCUCGCUGCUGGUAGAAAUGCAAGACUCAUUGAGGUGUUCCCAGUGCAAUUUUGACUACAUUAUGGAAAGCUGCAUGAGCAUUUAUCCUUGAUAUCCAUCUUAAGGUCUUUUUCCUCACUGGUAAGAUUAGGAUAUAAAAUAAAUCCUCAAAUGGCCUGCUAUAAAACCAUUUGAGCAUUUAUUCAAUAUUGUUUAAGAUCCAAAUCCUAGUACGCUCGUUGUCCUCACUAGUAGGACAACUUUGGCAUAGCAGUAGGACAACUACAUGUUACUAGUGAGGCAAAACUGUGCACUAGUUGACAAUCGUGUGCUACGAGUACUAAUAGUAAACAUCUAGUGUUUCAUUACUAGUACGAGUAGCACAGUUUUGCCUCACUAGUAACAUGUAGUUGUCCUACUAGUGCAGCAAAGUUGUCCUACGAGUGAGGACAGAGAGCGUACUCGUACAUGGACCUUAAAGGAUAUCGACUAAAUGGUCAAAUGGCUUGCCAUAGCCGUUUGAGUAUUUAUUCGCUAGCCUCCCAGUGUGCAGAAUUGUUUUACGAGUGAGGACAAAGCACGUACUAGUGCAUGGGCCUUCAGCUGGAUAUGAGGGAUGUUAAAUAAAUGCUCAAACGGCUUUCCAUGCUACAUUUUUGUAUACAUCUGACUGGUUUUAUUUUCUGUGGGCAGUUGGUUACUGCAGGGCCGUCAGUGGCGGCACACCUUUUGUUGACUUUUAAACAAGCCUUUUUCCGCGUGGAUCGGCAGUGACUUCCAGAGGCAAGUGCACCUGAAAAUGUGUCAAGAAUUCAGAUUCCCAUCGGGUCGAGUCUCUUAAUCCAUAAGACGUGGUACUGGGGAGGAGGGUGUGUAGACACGCAGGGGUUAUAGUGGCACGUUGUGUUUGUGUGUCCGUUUGUCCUUGUGAAAAGACAAUAUUGAUGACAAGACCAAUCCAUUAGUCAGUAAGCAUUGUACCUCAGUUUCUUGCUUUACCCAAAAAUCAAAAAAACCCCAAAGCCUCAGCGUCAUGGAACAUGAGAUUCAUCCUUUUUCGCUUUGUUUUUGGGGCUUGUUUUGUUCCUCGAGGAUCGAUGGUGAAAUGAACUGCAAUGCUGCCGUCACUCACACAGCGUUUUAGAGCUUCCUCCGUUUCCCACUCUCCUCUGGACUAUACGAGCAGGACCAGAUUAUAGUAGUCUAGACAAAAUGCCUUUGUAAUUAUUAUUCUUAACAUUAUCUUCUAUAAUAAUAAAUAUAUUCACUGUUAUGUUAUUUGUCAUUGUUUCAGGUAUGCACCAGUACUUCCCCACCCCCCACCCCCCCAGGUAGUAAUACUACACAUCAUGCAAAAGGCUUUCCUCACACUAAAGGUUGGAAUGCUGGUGAAGAGCCGCCUUUGGACUUUUCAAGGAUCUCAUCUAUGCCUUUAUUACACUCACAGGGAGAUUUGACAGUGUGCCCUUGCUUUUGGUGUUUUAUCCAUUUGGGACAAUGUAGAGCCUUGUACAGUAAGAAUUGGAAACAAUUUUUGUCACUGACAAAAAAAUAAUAAGUUAUAUACAUGGAGGAGUGGGACAUCUGUUGAAGAACUGAAAAGGCAUACAAAGGACAUCCACAGUGGACGUACUGAGAGGGGAAAGACUGGGUCGAUUAUUUUAAUAUGACCAUUUUAUACCUUUCCAAUCCCUCCCCUAGAGACCACAAAGAUUAAUUAUUAAAUGAACUGUUGUUUAC